UAUAAACCUCUGCAUUGUGGCAGAAUGCAACAGAUUCACAAGUUGGUCCAAAACUUGAAGUCAACUCAUUUCAUCUCUCUUCACCAGAAGACCUUUUUACCUUUGGGCACCAUGGUUAUCCUGAGGCUGUCUGCUCUGCUCCUUGCCUACACCCUGGUCAUGUGUCAGAUGUACAGCUCCCACGCUGCCCCUGCCAGAACCGGUCUUGAGACCAUGUCGGAGCGCGUCACGCUAACUGACUAUGAGGCCCGGAGGCUACUCAACGCUAUUGUCAAGGAGUUUGUUCAAAUGACUUCAGAGGAGCUGGACCAACAAGUCAACACUGAUGAAAACAGCCUGGAUAGACCCAUGUCCAAGCGUUGCUCCAACCUCAGCACCUGUGUGCUGGGGAAACUGUCCCAGGAGCUGCACAAACUCCAGACGUACCCACACACCAACGUUGGGGCUGGCACGCCUGGCAAGAAGCGCAGCCUGCCUGAACACUAUGCAAGCUAUGGAGACUCCUUCGAUCGCAUCUGAGUGGCAGUCCCCCUCCUCCCCCUCCUCCUCCUCCUCCUCCUCCUCCUCCUCCUCCUCCUCCUCCUCCUCCUCCUCCAUGCUCUCCUAGUUAACUUAGCUACACCACCGUCAUCCCAUCCAGUUUCAUCAUGAUUGAGAUUGCUGAUGCAUGUGGAACUUGCUUGCUUGACUGACUGCCAAAGAACCCUGGUUGCAUUUUCUGUUGUUAAAUUUAUUUGACAGAGAAUUAGAUAUUAGACGCAGAAUAUUUUUUUUAAAUUUUGGACAGUUAAAUGAAUCAAAACUAUUAAUCCAUACUUUCACCUGUGACUGUGCUUCUUGUUUAAUAAACUUAUUUUUAUACUUGAA